UGAUAUACAGCCAUGGGGAGGGAGUUUUUCUGCCCCGUUACUAUCGUGUUUGUGUUUUCUCUGAUUGUUUGUGUAGUUAACGGAACAAAAACAUCUUGUCCAUGUGCCACAGAACAACAAUGUGAGGUGAUUAAGGAUGACAAGCGCAAAGAGAUCUUCAUAUUUUCGUUGGAUAGUAAUAUAGACAAAUGGAGCCGUUAUGAUUGGUCGAAGGUGACCACUGUCGUCAUGGUGGGCUAUAUAAACCUGGAACUGAUGUGUUUCGCACAUAAGCAUGGAGCAAGGGCGGUUUUAAUUGCCAACUUCCCAAAGGCAAAUCUGACCAAUGCGACAGAUAGGAGUAAAUGGGUCAAGAAAAAUCUCCAGACUGUCCAGAAAAACUACCUCGAUGGGAUCAAUUUUGAUUUUGAGGACUUUAUUGAGGAGAACAGGACAGACCAGCGUGACGGUUACACUUUACUGGUUAACGAAACAUUCCAGACAUUCAAACAAGCCAACAAAAAUUAUCAGGUGACUGUGGAUGUUGCAUGGAGCCCAGUAGGAGUGGACAGUAGAUUUUACGACUACCUGAAGCUGAGUUACGUCAGUGACUUCCUGUUCAUCAUGUCCUAUGACGAACAAAGCCAGAUUUACGGAGAAUGCGUGGCGGGCGCCAAUUCCGGGUUUUACAAAACUUUAUCUGGUUUUUAUAAGUACUAUGAGAUGGGGGCUGAUUUAAACAAGUUGGUGUUGGGAGUUCCGUGGUAUGGUUACAUUUACCAGUGUGUGAGCAUUACAAAGGAUAACAAAUGUGCUAUAAAACAUGUCCCAUUCAGGGGCGUCAACUGCAGUGAUGCGGCGGGCCAUGAAGUUAACUACAGUCACAUUAUGACGUCAUUACUUCCUAAAUCUUCAACGGGGAGGAUUUGGGAUAAGGAAACUCUAUCACCUCGCUUUAAUUUUGUUAAUAAUACUAUCACAUACCAAAUAUGGUACGAUGACCCAGAAAGCCUUGCUUUGAAGUACAACAUUAGCACGUACCACGGUUUACGCGGGGUGGGGAUGUGGAAUGCUGACGCCGUGGAUUUCGCCAUUGACCCACGGGGCGCCAAAGAAAUGUGGGACGCCCUCCCAGUCUACCCACGGAAUUCAUCUUGAAAAGUUUCAUGAAUUGCAAAAACAUCUUAGAGUACGGAACCAAACUUGUCCUUUUUACGUGCAUUUAUGAAUAUAUGUAUAUUGCAUUUUUGCUGAUUAAUGCAGCAAACGAAUAUUUGACAUUCACAGUAUACAUUAUAUAAUGUAGCAAAAUACAUAUACAUAGCUGUCA